AUGGAGAUUACAACGAGUAAGAAAGCAAAUGAAAAUAAAUCUGAAAGGUAUGUUGCAGAAAUUUACUGCUUUAAGUCGGGGAGGUCAUCAGAAUCAUCCUAUCUGUAUAUUUGCGUUCACAAAAUGCUGCUCAUGCUGCUACAAAAUGAUCUGUUUCAUGAGCCACAGAGCCAUUCCAAACAACGGGUAGCUACUCGGUGUAGACACGAUUCUACUCUAGCUGUAUAUGUAUGUAUGUAUAUGUAUAUACACAUAUAUAUUUCCAGCAGAAUGUGAUUCAGCAGCAUUUUCUGCUCUCGAUUGAGGACGGUAUUAAUACCAUGGUUCAUACAAUGCAACUUUAGCGUUGCAUUUCGAAUUUUGAACCGGGUGCCUUUGAACGUAGCAUUCUACUUGUAGCAAAAUAUGAUUGCUUCCUAUACGAAUUAUAUGGAAUACUUUCCAUGCAGACUUGUCUGUAAAAGGGUUGUUAUAUGACACUAUUAAUAUAUGUAGUAUGUAUAGAAUAUUCAAAAAGAGAAUAUACCACAGUGAUAUAUGUUAUGAGACAAACAAAGCUGAAACAAGCCAAGCAUAUAUUAUGCAAUUUCCGCUACAUGCAGAGCUAUACAUAUGCAGCACCAGGUGGCGCCUGAAUUAUCAAUUGUCAUUUUCACUAUGAAGUUUUCAUAUUGGUAAGAUUUAAAAUUUUUGCUGUAUUUUGUACAUUGUAGUUUGAUGAUGGUGAUCACGUGAUCAACAUAUGUUCAUCAUCAAGGAACUGUGAAAAUGAUAGAGAACUCGUGAUCGCGAUGAUGACGAAUCCUUUUCAUAGCGUUUUCCUGUAAAGAUGUCUUCUUUGCCCGCGUUUUUCAAUUAUUUUUGUCGCAAAAUUCAGGUUUCCUCUCUGAUUUUGCAGAAACAUUUGCAUUAGUCACGUGGUGAAGGGGUGGGGUCAGCCCUCGUGCCCUGAUUAAAUGAAAUAGAUGCAAUAGACAUAAAUAAUGCAACCAAAGGACCCAUAUUAUAUAUAAAUGGUGCAAUCUCAUUUACUGAUUGGAUUUGAUUCAUGUUUGAUUUUGUUUUGUUUUGUUUUGUUUUUUGUUUUGUUUUGUUUAUUUCUAUUUCUGAUUUACUUGUCUAACAGUUCCGUAUUCAAUGAGCUCCUCUCAAAAGGAAGCGACGCCCUUUCCAAUGGCGAUCUUGCAACAGCUGAGAAUCAUUAUUCAACAGCCCUGAAAUUGGUAUCACCAGAACGAAAAACGAAGGAAAUGAGAACGUGCUUCGAAGAACUUGGUAACAUCUACUUGGAAUAUGGCAACAAAACUAAAUCCGGAGACGACUUCACAAAAGCAACAGCGUUAUAUAACGCAGCACUAGCAAGAUGUGCAAGCACUGAAGAUGAGUUCAAAAAGCACCUAAUAAGUCGCAUUAAAGAAGCAGAGAGGCAGUUUUUAAGUUCCAUUCUCCCAGAAAGCUCAGCAAUAGACUUUCCCGACUAUGAAAACGACAUCAAACACAAAGAUGUGUUAGAGAAGAUUCGUGACAGCUGCAAAGACGUCAUUCGUCAGGUUGACUUUGAGUGUGACCCAGGAGUAAUGCCUCUUGAUGAAGAACAACGAGUGGUGUUGGAAAAAAGGCGAACCAAUUUGAUAUCAACACUUUUCCGACAAAUAUCCAAAGACAUGAUUGGCUUCAUUCAAAUGCUCAUCGAAGAAUGUGCAUCAGUGCUAGGCAACGCACCUUGUCGAUUUGCAGUGAUUGGGCUUGGCUCAUUGGCUCGGAACGAAAUGACUCCUUAUUCUGAUGUGGAAUUCGCAAUUCUCCUUGAGGACGGUGCGGAAACGGAAUCCAACUUGGAAUAUUUCCGCAACAUAACACGCUAUUUGCACUUGAAAGUUCUCAACUUAGGCGAGACAAUUUUACCUUCAAUGGGUAUCACCUCGUUAAAUGAUUUCUACUCUGGCGAUCCUGCACGCAUGUGGUUCUUCGAUGAUGGUCCAAAAGGGUUUUCCUUCGAUGGAGCAAUGCCAUUGGCAAGCAAGUAUCCACUUGGUCGUAAGGAAACUCAAACUAAAGAAGCCCUUGAACUGAUUAAAACACCAGACAACAUGGCCGCACUGCAAAGCGAGCAACUUGCUAUCAAAGAAGGCUACCACUUGGCUGAUAUGUUGGCCACUUCGGUGUUUAUCACAGGCGAUGAAGAACUAGUUAAAUUGUACAACGUGAAAGUUAAAGAAAGGUUGCAAGAUCCAUCUGAUCAAAAUAUGUGGACUAAUGGAUCCAAGAGGGGCUUUGAGUGCUUGAACGAGACAGUCGAAAAUUUUAGCGCCCAUUUCGACUUGAAUGAAGCUGGCAAAAUAUUUAAUGUCAAGAAGGAACUGUACAGAUUUCCUAGUUUGGUGCUGAAUAGUCUGACCUUCUAUUACAAUCUGGAUUCACGCAACACUUGGGAUGUUGUUGACGAAAUGCGAAGGAAGCAGCUGAUUACAGAAGACGAAGCCUACAAUCUGAGUUUUGUUUUAGCUACUGCAUCUGAACUUCGAAUUCGUUCUUACCUUGGAAAAGAUGAACAGAGAGAAAGACUGACUGGUUUACCAUCAGAAAUUGUGGAACUGGAUUUGGCCGGAUCAGUUGCUGGAAAAGCGGGUCCCAGUGGGAUCAAGGUGGAGAAAGCUUUUCACAUUCCUAAUCCAGAUAUCAUCGUUCGGUUUUUCAUGACACUUUUGCCUCUUCAAAGAGCCAUAGAAGAAUUCCUGUCUAAAGAAUCACCAAACGAAUUGAAGAUGUUUUCUGAUUAUAAUCUAUAUGACUGCAGGUACCGGUCAUUUUUGAAUUCUUAUAUGGUGGUAAUAUGUUACCAGUGGCGUAGAAGCAAUUAAUUGUUACAAACAAUCGGUGUCUGUCGCUAUCUGUUCAGUAUAUAAAAACACGAGUGCGUGUUGUUCACAUGAGUUUUUAUAUAAGUUAACUCGCUUCGCUCGCUGUUUUAAUUAAAAAAUUUCUAAUCAUGAUUAACAGCGUAGAAAAUUGAGAUAUUUAAAUGAUGAACCACCAAGUUAUUUUCAUCAAACCUUCAGUGCUAUUCUUCAACAGCAUCUCGUGACCAAAAUCCAAAACGCUCGCUAUUUUAAUUAAAAAAUUUCUAACCAUGAUUAACAGCGUAGAAAAUUUAGAUAUUUAAAUGAUGAACCACCAAGUUAAUUUCAUCAAAAGUGCUUAUUCUUCAACAGCAUCUCGUGACCUAAAUCCAAAAUGCUCAUUUAUUGUUGGUCUACUGUUGACCAUAUUCACAAAUUUUUGAGAAUUGUUUAUUUACGUUUUUCACUACACCAUGUAGGCCGUUAACGAAGGCACGUAUCCAUAUUCGUCUGAUGCAAUUCAAGAAGGCCAAGUCUUGUCUCGAAAGUGCAGUUUGCCUGGUUGAAGAUGAGGUAGAACAUGGAGGUCUGGCCGAAAAUCCAGACCUAGUUGAAACACUUUCAACUCUUGGAAACAUCUGCUUGGAUUUAGGAGAAGUUGAAAAAGGCGUUGAAUAUCUUGACAAGGCAGCUCAAGUUUUGGAAGUGAAGUACAAUGGGGUCAAAACCAACAUGGAAUUCGCAAGCUCUUACCGCGAUCGUGCCACUGCUUACGAAUCACUCGGAGAAUACAAUAAGUCGUUGUCGUUCUACGAACAAGAUCUACGUGUUAAGUUGGCUGUGUACGGAGACAAGCCGCCCGGAAUCGCCAUUGUAGUUUCCUUUAACGGCAUCGCUCGUGCUCAUCAGCAAAUGGAUAAUCUCGAGCAAGCUAUUGUUUUUUACGAGAAAGCUCUGGAAAUCAUUAAAGACGUCGGCAAGACACGGCUGGGAUCAUACUACUGCGUUACCCUAAACAACCUACUGUCCGUCUAUUCCCAGAACGGCGAUAUUGAUAAGGCCUUGGACAGAUACAACGAAUUGUUCGAAACACUAACGACACUGUUUGGAACUGGCGUCCUUCAUCCAUAUUUGGCAUCCUCUCUUGGCAACCUGGCAAGCGCGUAUUAUGAAGCAGAAGUAUACGAGAAGGCAGUGUCGCUUUACAAACAAACGUUAUCUAUGAACGAACGGUUGUAUGGUAAAAAUAAGGUACAUCCCGAAAUUUCUCUAUAACCUGGGACAUUGUUAUUCAAGCCUUUCUGAUCAUGAACAAGCAGUCAAGUAUUUCACAAAAGCACUGGAAAUCCAGAAAUUACUGUAUGGAAAACAAAUCUUGCAUCCAGACGUAGCUACCACGCUUAGUAGUCUUGGUUCAGCAUUUCUCGACUUACAAAAUCUUUCUGCUGCAUUGGAGGCGUACGACGAAGCUCUAAAACUUCUGCGUGUGAUACACAAAGACAACUUUGCACACAGGGACGUCUGCGCUGUUCUCAACAACCUUGGCUUUCUUUACAUCGAGUCGAGUCAAUUUGACAAGGCGGCGAGUUAUUUGGAAGAAGCCAAAAAGCUUUGGCUAGAAAUUUGCGUCGACGGAAAACCUCACGAGGACUUUGCAAGUUGUUUGAACAACUUGGGAAAUGUUUACCGUCAUCUAGGACUAUAUAAAGAGGCGUAUGAAUGCUGUCGCAAGGGACUGGAAAUGAGAAGGUGAGUGAUAUGAUGUUAUCGUUUGGGAUUGUUCAUUGUAGUAUUCAAUUAUUCGAUUGUUUUUGAAGGCCGAAAAAAAGCUUGAUUCGUUGACAAUUGUACUAAUAGAGUUAAGUACAGUACAGAGGCAUCCUAAAACAGCCGGUUGAUCGAUCUGGUUUAGACUAAACUUUGAUGUUUUGAAGUUGAAUGUUCUUUUCGUCAAUUGCCAGGCCCAUAUCUGCAGUUUUUUAGCUUUCAAAACAUCUUUACGUUGAACGAGUAGCUAUUCAGUGAACAGCCCUAUCCGGCUUUCGAAAACACGUCCCAGUUAUGUAAUUUGUGGGACACACCUAUCUUCUUGUUGAACGUCGGACCAACAAAGGCUUAAAUCCCAUAAUGUCGCAGCAUUUUAAAAACAAUGCUGUUUUUCUUCGUUCUUAUUCUAGAUCAUUAUACGAAGGCAAAGAUGGCCUGAAAAAUGCGCCAUUGGCAAAAUCCUUCAUCGACACGGGUCACUGUUGCGUAAGUCUUGGUGAUACCGAAAACGCACUGUCAUACUUUCAACGUGGCUUGGAGAUGCGCAAAGAGAUGAAUAUAGAUGUCGCUGCGGCCUACAGCGAGGUUGCCACUGGAUAUAGUCGCCUUGGGCGGCCACUAGAAGCAAUAAAAUGUUACAAGGAAGUCAUUCGUCUGGACGAAGAGAAGUAUGGAGCCGAAAACGUCCCUGAUUUAGCGCUCAGCACAAACCUGUGUAACUUGGGGAGUGAGUACAUUGUAACCUCGGAAUAUGAGAAAGCAGCUGAAAUGCUAGAGAAAGCAUUGAAGAUUUUAGACGCAAGAGGUGUCUCCAUCGAGCUUGCUGCCGUACUGCACGACUUAGGAACAGUGUAUCGAAACUUGAAAAACUCGGAGAAAGCGUUGUCGUAUUUGGAAAAAGCUCUAUCUGCGAAAAAACAGCUGUACGGUGUUGACAGAGCGCAUUUGGAGACUGCCAAAACUUUAACCAAUCUUGGAAAUCUUUGCUCUCAACUUGGACGAUUCCAGCAAGCGAUCGCCUACUACUCGGAGUCGCUUAACAUGAAAUACGCAUUGUACGGACCCAAUGCAACUCAUCAAAGCAUCGCCAUCACACUUGGUAACAUAGGCAAUGUUUACUAUGAGUUGGGUCAGUAUGAGAAUGCCAUUAAGUACAUCAAAGAUGCUCUGCAAAGGUUUGGCGAUGCGAAAUCGUGCAGUCGUGAAGUUGCUCUCAAUCUGUACAAUUUUGGUCAAGCUUACGAGGGUUUGGCUCACUUUCCUGCCGCGUGCCAAUGUUAUGAAAAAUCUCUCCGAAUUAUGGUGCAGGUCUUUGGCGAGACACAUCCAUUAGUGAAACGAGUCCUGACGAGAUUGUUAAGCAUUCGUGUGUUAGCACAACUGCAAGCUUCACAAGGAAAUAGUUCUGGAUCGGUCUGA